AUGGAAGCCACUCACACACACCGGCCCCAACCUACCACUCCAACAACGCCGUCGCCACGCCUACAGAGCGGCCGCAGCGGAGCUCGGGCUAUUUCUCGACUUGAUCAAAGCCGCACAUGCAUUACAAGAUCAAGAAACUCAACGUCCCAGCAGCAGAAAGAGGAAGAGUAUGUCCACCAUUCCACUCUUUUUGCAAGCAUUCGACAAAAGAAGACUGAAGAGAGUAACAACAUAAACAAAGAUGGUUUCGUUAGGUUCCCGCAGCGAGGCACUCCGCGAAAUAACAACAGUACUCAUAGUUUAAGCGCAUCUAAGAUUAAGAGUGCUAAAUCAGUGAAGAGUUCUCCGUCGGCGUGGGCGUUGUCGCCAGGGCGGUCUUCACCGUACUUGGUAGCACCGGACUCUCCGGGGCCUGCGCUGGCGCCGGUGCCUGCCGAGACAAGGGGGGCUAAAUCCAGUGGCGUUAGUAGCGUAAGUGGGGUUUUGAAGUAUUUUAGACAGAAGAAGGUGUCACCAGUUCUUGAAGGAGAAUAUAAUAGAUUUCGAGCUUUGCAUAGUACGUUGUUACAGUACAGAUUUGCCAAUGCUAGGGCCGAGGCUUCCAUGGCUUCUCUAAAGAAUGUUUCAGAGGGUAGACUUUUUUCCAUGUGGGUUAGAGUGUUAAAAAUGAGAAAUUCCAUCUUAGAAAGGAAAAUUCAAGUACAAAAACUUAAAUACGAGAUUAAAUUAUGUCAAAUUUUAAAUCCACAAAUUCUACUUCUGAAUGAAUGGUCAAAGUUGGAUGGAAAAAAUUGUGAAGCAGUGAGCCGGGUCACGAGAAAACUAUCAGUAUUGUCUGUCAAGGUCCCUUUUGAAGAUGCCAAGGCAGAUGUGGAGUCUGUUUACGACGCAAUGAACAAAGCCUUGGCAGUUAUGGAUGGCAUUGAAGAAACUGUUAAAAGAUUCCUUCCACAGGCUGAGAAAGUGCUGUAUAUGCUGACGGAGCUCAUAACCACGGUGGAAGCAGAAGAUGAGUGUUUGAAAGACUUAGAUAGCCUUUUCCCCUUGGUUCCAUCUUUAAUGGAAACAGAGAAAUAUUUAAGAGUACAUCUUCUCCAAGCGGCGACGGAGUCAAGGAAAAGUUACUGCUCAGAUGUUAUCUGA